AUGUGCACCUCUUCUACCUCCCAACUCGUAAACCGCAACAGUCCCGGCUCCGCAGCCUCCUCUACCAUCUCCUCGAUCGUGAAUCCCGAGGGAGGCGCAGCAGGAAAGACAAAGUGCAUUGAGUGUGAUGGGUACGAAUGCUGCUGCAUUCCGAUUCCUUGCACGAUUUUGUGA